UUCCAUGCAAUUCCUUAUAUAAGAACAUCAUAAGAAUCAUUCACAGUCACUUCACUUUUCAUCUAAACCACUACUGCAUACUAUUUGUGUUAUAACUUGUCAUCAUGGAGAGGAAAACACUCAGCUUUUUGUUCUUGCUCGUCCUUCUCUUAGCAGCGGAUGUUUCGGUGAAGCCAGCAGAGGCGUUAUUAGGCCGCUGUAAGGUUAAGAGCAGCAAGUUUAACGGACCAUGCUUGACGGACACACACUGUUCAACGGUAUGCAGGGGAGAAGGUUACAAAGGUGGUGAUUGUCACGGCUUACGUCGCCGCUGUAUGUGUCUUUGUUAGUUCAACAAUACCCAUGCAAUGCAAUAUCCAUCGUCUAAUCACUCCUUCAGUGGUCAUAAAUAAAUAUUCCAGCCAUGGUUUUAUCAUAAAUAAAUAUUCUAGCUACGGUCUUAUAAAAAUAUGAUGCUUAAGUAUGUUCAGUUUAAUGUGUAAUGGAUAUUAUGAACGUUGUGUUGUAAUAAUAUGGUGCCAAUAAAUUUGGGAUAUGGAUUUUCUUCCUGUCCAAAAUUUGGUAUA